CGCACUACAACCACCUCCCGGAUUCUUGGUCACACCAAAAUUUUCUCUCCAAACGAUAAAACGUAACACCGCGACUGUCCGAAGACUUUUGGGAAAAUUCGGCAGCAAUUUAGCACAGCACCUAUCGAGAUUGACGAGAGUGGCGACACAGCACAGGUAGAAGAUAAAUCAUGGCCGCAAAGUAUGAAUAUGAAAUCGAAUAAAAAAAGAAAAACGCCAGACACACCUACCAGGAAUUAAGUUCAAAAAUUGUGUACAAAUUUCAACAACAAAAAAAAAGAUAAAAAAUAAAAUGUUUCAAAAUCUAAAAAUCUAAAAAAAAAAAAUAUAAUCUAUCUGCGAAUUAAUUUACAAUUUAAAUUAAAAAAAAAAAGGAGAAAAAAGUGAGAAAGUGUCUAAAAAAGAGUGCCUGGAGUUUGCAAGGAUUUUUUUUGGAUAAGGACUCGAGUUUCUGCAUCGCCCAAGGAGGAUGCGGCUGUAGAGGAGCCAGACUUGGCCAGAAGGAAGGAAUCAAGGAAUCAAAGGAACUAACAGAACAGAGAACCAUGUCCCAGCAAGUGUUCUCGGCGCAUCCAGCGCUGGCGGUGGAGCAGCUGCAGCAGGCCGGGGAGCAGGAUCACCAGCACAGAUCUGGGGCGACAUCCCAGAGUCGGCGGCAUCCCAAGACCACACCCAAGAAGUUCACACUCAUCCGGAGUUGUGCCGGCGGUGGAGCGGCAGGAGCUCUCAGUACCAGUAGCUCCUCUCCCAAUUCCGCCUCCAAGAAAUCCCCGCCCGUGAGACCCAACUAUGCGUCGGUGGACGACGAUGAUGACAUCGAGUGCGAGGACGUCGAUGAGGUGAACUUUGGCCACCAGGACAAGGUGGCGAGGGAGGAGGGGGAGGAGGCGCGGCAAGCAACCAAAGACUGCGGCAUCGACGAAACGGAUCACGUGCAGCAGCGCCACAAAGGCCACACAGCGACGAGGCACCAUCACCAGGAUGGAGGUGGCGGCGGAUGCGGAGGAGGAGGAGGAGGAGGUGGCGACCAGAGCGAUCUGAGCAGCGUGGUCAGCUCCCCGUCGGUCAGUACGCUCUCCUCGCCCCUCUCCACGCCCACCCGGCUACCCCAGCCGCUCCACUGCUGCCAGAAGCUCCAGAAUGGCAAUGGUGGCGGCGAGUCCCGGGCGAGAUCCUCCCCCCAGCAGUCGCAGCAUCCGCACCGGCAUCACCAUCAUCAUCAGCAGCAGCAGCACCACCACCACCAUCACCAUCACCAUCUGACGGCGACGGGGGGUGGUGGAGGUGGCCUGGGAUUAGGAUCUGGUGGAUCCGGUUCCGGAUCCUGCAAGGCGAAGAAGCUGGAUCCGAGACUGAAUCCCUCGCCGUACCGCCAGCUCUUGCCCAUCGCCCUGUGCCUGCUCUCGUUCGCGACGGUCUUCGCCACGUUGAUUGUUUACAUGGACACGACAGAGAUCCGACAUCAACAGUUUCGGCUCAACAUGUCGCGCGACUACGAUCUGAAUGGAGUGGCGCAAGACGACCCAGCACUCAUUGCAUUCCUCCGCGAGAUCCACAUGGGCAAGUACCUGGGCAAGGCGUCGCCCAAGGUCGUGACGGCGUCAGCGGCUGGUGGUGGUGGUGGUGGUGGUGUUGGUGGCCAUCCCCCAUCCAGACUCUCCCCGAGCGCCAGCAACAGCAGUGGGAGUGGUGCCGACCAGCUGGCCCAUCUGGUGGCCGAUCUGGUGGGCGGGAAGAUGAACGGUGCGGUUAUCCAGUCGCUGAGCGGCCCACUGGCUCAUUUGAUUACGGCGCCCUGGUUGAGCGAGCAGCUGAACUGGAUGGGCGUGCUGGUGGAGCCGGAGCCCCGUUGGUACUUCACACUCCGGAAGCAGAAUGCCCAGCGGGCCAAGAUGCAGGUGGUGCAUGCCUGUGUCUCGCCCAACACAUACCCCAAAGAGAUUACCAUUCAGAACGAGGAUGUGCGCAUCAACAGUCUGCAGGACGAGGAGACCUCGUGGUUCAAGUCGCGUGUCAAGUGCUUUCCGCUCUACACUAUCAUGCUGGCAUGUGAGCGCACCGAGUACGAUCUGCUCAGUCUGGGAGUGCAGGGGCAUGAGUUGGAGAUUCUGCAGACGCUGCCCUUCGACAAAGUUAAAAUCGAUGUGAUAUCGAUACAUUUGCUCGAGGAUCACGAGGACGUGCACGACUAUGUGCUGGACAUCAGCAAGUUCCUGGCGGGCAAGUCCUACAAGCUGCAGCGCAGGAUCGGCAGGAACUACUUCUAUCAGAGGAAUAACGCCAGCGCCAGUCGCACGCGCAAGAAAGACAUCCUGCUCCUGAAGACGCCCUAGACGCCCUGGAUCCACAUCGAACGAUCAUCGACGAGCGAAGAGCGUUAGUUGUUAGUUAGUAGCCACAAAAGCAAGUGAAAUGCGAGAGAAAUAGAACCAAGUUACUGAACAGUAGACUUGACCGAGAAGCGAGUAGAGAAGAACUCGCUUAAACUGAACUCUAUGUUAUAAUGAUAAUUAUUACCAUACCUACGCUACACACUAACAAUAUUGUUUAUAUACAUGGGAUAUAUAAGCUGUAUACCGAUUAUGAUAUAUUGUACGAGUAGAAUCUUAGUUUUUGUAAAACUUGAACCAUCCAUCCAGACCCCCACCCAUCAUCCCUUCCCAUCCAAAACAUAAUUCUCCCCUUUAUGUUAUUUCAUUUGAUUUUUUGUCGAACGCCCGUUUUUGUUGUGCCGCGAGUGCACUGAACAAAAUACUAUACAUAAAUAUGCAUAUAACGUAUUAUGAUUUUGCUAUAAGCUAUGCUAUAAAGGAAUGUUAUUGUAAGAGGCCGGUGCCGCUGCCCUUUCGAUGUAUAAAUUAAAUUGCAAAUUGGCGCGGCUAGGAAUUAUUGUAACUGCUCUUCGAUUAGUGUUAGGUCGGCUAUAUCCUUCAACUAUCCAACUAUCUAUCUACGCAAGUUUAUGUUAUAUCGAAUGCUUUAUAUAGUUAUCUAUAAGUGAACACAAAAAAAAAAAAACAAAACAAAACAAGAAAAUUUAAAGUAAAUUAUUGUUUAAAACUGGCGCCGGACGACGAAGCGCAAACUAAAAUGCAAACAAAUAUUUAAAUUAUAUUAAAUUAUUGAACCAAACCAAGCACAUCCAUACACACAUUGUACACACCCACACACCACACACACCAUUAGCGCAAGCAAAUAAAUAUAUAGAAAAAAAAAAUCAUUUGCAAAAUCUGCUUUCAAACUCAUCUCAUACUCAUAGUUACAAAAUAAGCGAACUAUUUAAUUAAAUCAGACUACUAAACGAGGCAGCAUUCAAAAAGGAAAUCGAAAAAGUACCCAUACCCGAAAAUAAACACUCAAACUCAUGCACAUUUUAUAUGUCCUAGGAAAUAAAUAAAUUAACUAAAAAAUAAAUGUUAAAGUAGCGCGAACGAAAUUAAAUGUAAAACCAAUCGUAUUUCAAUUACAUUUUAGUAAUUAUGAUGUAUUAUUAUUUUUUAUGUGCACACCCGUGUAGACACACUCGAACAAAACACACACGCUCUCAGAUACAUGAAUAUUAAAUAUAUAAAACAGUGGUGACAGUUGUUGCAAGUGCCGCGAACUCGUUGCACCUCGCCCAAGACUCCUUCUCCCCCAAGACUCUACAAGACUUGAAAACAAACAGAUGCAGAUGCUGAUGCAGAUACAGAUAUAUUACUUUGAGAACCGAGUAGUGAAUCAGUGCCUUUGGCUUAGACUUGAA